AUGCUGAGCGCCGCGUGUCGCGUCGUGGCUCGCGCUGCCACCCGCUGCAGGUCCGGCCGAGGAACCGCCGGUGCCCGCAGCCCUAGUGCUGCCGCCGCUGCCGCCGCGAUGUCCCACGCCGCCCGCGCCGCCUCCUCGGCGGCCCGGACCCUGCCGGCCUCCGUGCUGGGCACGAUGGAGAUGGGCCGGCGCAUGGACGGGUCAGCCAGCGCCGCCGCCGUGCACGCCUUCCUGGAGCGUGGCCACCGCGAGCUGGACACGGCCUUCAUGUACAGCGACGGCCAGUCCGAGAGUAUCGUGGGCAGCAUGGGCCUAGGGCUGGGGGACGGCGGCAGCAGAGCGAAAAUUGCCACCAAGGCCAAUCCCUGGGAUGGGAAGUCUCUGAGGGCUGAGAGUGUCCGUUCCCAGCUGGAGACCUCCCUGCAGCGGCUGCAGUGCACCCAAGUGGAUCUCUUCUACCUGCAUGCACCAGAUCACGACACGCCUGUGGAGGAGACGCUACAGGCCUGCAAUGAGCUGCACCAGGAGGGUAAGUUUGUAGAGCUGGGCCUCUCUAACUACUCCUCCUGGGAAGUAGCUGAAAUCUGCACCCUCUGCAAGAACAAUGGCUGGGUCCUCCCCACGGUGUACCAGGGCAUGUACAAUGCCACCACCAGGCAAGUGGAGAUGGAGCUGUUCCCCUGCCUGCGUCAUUAUGGACUGCGGUUCUACGCAUACAACCCUUUGGCUGGUGGCCUCCUGACUGGCAAGUACAGGUAUGAAGACAAGGACAAAAAACAGCCCGAGGGCCGGUUCUUUGGGAAUAGCUGGUCUGAGACCUACAGGAAUCGCUUCUGGAAGGAACAUCACUUUCAAGCCAUCAGUCUUGUGGAGAAAGCCCUGGCGGCAUGUUAUGGGGCCAACCCUCCCAGCAUGACCUCAGCAGCCCUCAGGUGGAUGUACCAUCACUCCCAGCUCCAGGGUGCCCGUGGAGACGCCGUUAUCCUGGGCAUGUCCAGCCUGGAGCAGCUGCAGCAGAACAUGGCAGCAGCAGAGGAGGGCCCUCUGGAGCCUGGGGUGGUGAAGGCCUUUGACGAAGCCUGGAACCUCGUUGCCCACGAAUGUCCCAACUACUUCCGCUAGCUCCAGCCAUGGUGGUGGAGAGAGGCCCCCUCACUGAUGCUGGCUGUCCCCAUGCUGUCAGCCCCAUCAGCCAGCCUUUGUCUUAACCUGCUGUAGCCUGAGCUCUGUCUUUCAAAUUGUCCCUGUUCUCUGAAUCCAUGGUUUUCUAGCCUCCUUCCUGGACGUAAGACCUCUGGCCCCCUGCCCUGCUGCUCCUACUGUUGAGAAGGGUGAGGGCCAAGACCAGCUCUGUCCUGUCCUGUUGGAAUAAAAGCAAAUGUUGCACAGGA